GGCGAUCGCCACGAUCGCCGCCGAUGAGGGUGGUGAUGUGACAGCGGCGGCGAAGGCAGGCGACGAGAUGACGGUGACGCCGUCGACUUCCGACGUCGCCGACAAGGCGGUGUCGACGGACGAUGGCGGCAGCGGCGGCAUGGAAGUGGCGCGUUUGGAGGCUGUCCUCGCCGCCCUGGUGGAGACAAAGGUGGAGGCGAUGAAGGCGUCGUCGACGCUUAGUCGACGUUCCGGCAGCGCGCCCACCAGUCCACGUCGACCUAGAUUGACCUCAACCUCGACGGCCUCCUCCUCGUUGAAUCAUCACCACCAUCAUCACCACCACCAUCAUCAUCAUCAUUCGCAACGUCACGACUCCGCGCCCUGCGGGAGUGAUUACCUCAACAAUGCGGCGGAUCAUUCUCAGCAUAGAUUAUCUAAUGGAAGGGGACGGAGAAAAGCCUCCGAGAGUCCUCGAAGCCCUCGAAAGAAGCGCAGGCAUUCGAGGAGCCCAAAUGUUCUCCAAGGCGUCGUCCAAGACGUUCACGCCGGCCUCGAUUCGCGCUUCGAGCUGCUUGGCAUUGACGGCGACCAAGACGUGGCCCUAAUAAAUUUCGAAAGGGCUAAAGAAGUCCUCGGCGACUCCUGCGAAUAUCCGCGGCUGCACCGAAGUGCCUGCUACUUUUCUCAAAGCGCAGCUCAAUUAAAAAUUCAUUACGACGACGACGACUACGUGGCGUUGAACGUAGCCGACGAGCUGGAGGAAGAGGAGACUCUGAGCGGACCGGAGAAGGUAGACGAGGCUCAUGGAAGGUAUCACCGACCGCGAAGAAAGCGCAAACGUAAACGACGCAGGAUCAAUCCCGUCGAACUUCCGGAUGAGGAACUCGUCGAUCCCGAGGAACUUCCGCCUCGUGCACGAUGGACGAUCGUCGCGACCGCUUGUCUUUUGCUUGCCAUGUCCUUACUCUUGGUUGGUGUUACGCUGCGAAUGGCGCCUAUAAUUGACGACAUGGUACGGAAGGAAAACGAGGAGCUGCUGAACUCCUUGAACAGAGAUAUUUCUGUGCCCGAGAAUGUUACGGCGCCUCCCUAA